AUGGGGAACGCAAAUGAUCGUAUAACAUUGGGUCAAAUCAUCGUCAGAAAUCGUCUUAAACACGAUAUAACCAACGUCCGAGUUAAAUAUGGAGCUGGAAACAAGGCACAAAAUCAUACCAUCAUUGGUAUUGAAUACUGGUUCAAUUGGUUAACAAUUGAUUUAGAAAAUAGAACACAUAUUAUGUUUCUACACGAACAACUUAUGGAUACUACCCCUUUCUAUAAUGCAUGUCGAAGUAAUGAUAUUAGUUUAGUUAAAACAUAUUUGCAAACAAUAUCAUUAGCAGAAAUUAAUAAAUUAGAACCAAAUGGCUCUACCGCACUUCAUGUAGUAUCGUAUCGUGGGCAUGAGGAAAUUGUUGAAUUAUUACUACGAAAAGGUGCUUGUUGUACAACAAUAAAUAAAUUUAACUGUACGCCAUUGGAUGAAGGUAAAACUGAUAAAAUAAGGCAGAUGAUACGUCGUCGUAUGAAUAAAACUCGUUUUGUUAGUGAAUCCAUCGAAUGGAUUCUGCAGACAGAUCAGGCAGAUUUUAAAGCAUAUCAAUAUUGGACAAAAUUGGGAACAUAUGGACAAGAUCCACAAUUUUAUGAAUUGAUUGACUAUAUAAAAAGAAACUAUCUUGAAAAAGAUUUACAACGUAUUGAAGAUAUUGACACAGUUGUAAAAUAUUUUAAUCUCACAAUCAACACAAGAGAUCCCUUUUAUUUAUUACAAGCCUAUACAGCUGAAACUGGUUUCUAUUCUACGCUUAAUGUUCAUCUAACUCAAUUACAUCUAGAAAAUUUAACUGAUAAGGAAAAUCUUAGGAAAGCAUAUCGUGGUAUGAUGAUCACUAAUAAUGAUUUAAAACAAUACAAGAUAGGUACACGAAUAUUAACUAAAACAUUUUCAUCUUCGUCAAAGCAAUGGGAUAUAGCAUCAAAAUUUCUUGAUGAUGACCGUCAUAAAGGUGGUCAAUUAAGUACAAUAUGUGUGUAUGAAAUACGUAAUCAAAAAACUGCAUUAGAUAUUCAAGAUAUAUCAUUAUUUCCUUAUGAAGAAGAAGUUUUAAUUUUACCUUAUUCAGCAUUUAAAAUAAUUGAUAUUCGAAUAGAUAACGACAAAUCACCUAACGUUGAAAUAAAACUAAAAGAAUGUGAGCCAUGGUAA